AGUGACACUAUUGGUGGUGGCUGUGAUAGAGACAACGUUGAACUUGGAGCUUGUAACUCAAAAACGGUUGGCUUGGACACUGAACGUAGAUCCGGAGGAGCCAGCAAGAAGGGUAGGCCAAAUGCCUCAAGCCCUCGAAAAACAACUUCAGAGCCCCCAAGGGCAGCAUUGGUUCGGGACAAACAGGCUAGAGGACGGCCUCCAAAGUCAGCCGGUCGAUCAGCUUCAACAACGCACUCGUCAUCUGUGGGGGAUUCAGCGACCCGCGUAAAGAAACCCAAGAGAGCUUUUAGAAGCGAGGCAUGUGCAGACAGAGAUGCUGAAUGCAACAGCAACGACAGAGAUGCUGAAUUUAACAGUAACAACGUAGGUGUCGAAUGUAACAGUAGCAACAAGGCAUCAUCAGUUUUUGUAGGCAAGGUUAACGCUGAUGCAAACAAAAGUAGCACCAGUUUGGAUGAUGGGAAGAAGACCGCAGCUGCGUCCGUCACGACGCACGCCUUGAAUUCAACACGAGAAAAACUGACCAAUAUUUUUGACAUCUCUUUUGCAACCACCACUUCUUCACCACCACCUGCCGCCGCUUGUUUUGGCUCAAAAGCAUCUCAGUUAACUGGAUCAGCCUCCCCGAAAACCAUCACCGACACCCAGUCUGUAACAGCGGGCUCUCAACCUGUCACCACCACCGCUUCCCCCUUCACCAAACUUUCGGACAACCUGUUCAAAAAGCCUCAGGUUUAUUCAUACAACAAUGCUAAAUUCAUUGUUGUCAAUGCCAAGUCUCCGCUAUCUCCCCCCUCCAAGCUCUCCGAUUCUCUCCCCUCCGGGCCUCCGCGUUCUCCUUUCUCAAGACCUCCUCAAUCUCCCCGCUCCAUCAGUUCCUCGCAAUUGGUUCCAUCUUGGUUCCAACCCAGGUUGGUCUCUUCCAGUGUAGGUCUCUCUCCAUCAAUCCCCCAAAAAGCCACCGUCAUCAGUCCAGAGCUGGUGUUUAAGAAAUCUCAGAUAUCAAAUGGUGUGUACCAUCCUGUACCCUUUGAUCACUCGUAUAGUAAGGAGCCAUCUGUUGCUUAAAAUUAAAUAAGCAGCUUUUAUUUUUAUAAGUAGCUUUUUUUAAAAAAAAAAAAAUUUACAGUGAUAGUUCAUUUGUGGGUUUUACUUGCUUGUUAAAAUAUAAAAAUUAUAUAUAUAUAUCGCUUAAACGGAAAUACUGUUUUGUCCUGAGAG